AGCAGCUCCAGUGGUGAAAAAUGUAAAACGAUUCAGAGUAUAUAUUUACGGAAGAAGGAAAUCGGAGGUCAAUUCGCUUCUCCAAAACCCUAACAUUUCGUCUUUCUUCGUUGAAACAUCCGAAGCUGUUAACCCGUGCGAAUGGCGGAUUCUCCUGUGAGAAGGAACUCAAGGUCCCCUUCCCCGUGGAGAGCUCAAUCAAGAUCAAGAUCCAGGUCAAGGUCCAGGUCUAGGCCUAGGUCUAGGUCUAGAUCACGAUCUGUCCCAAGACAAAGGCCAAGGUCCCGUUCAAGAAGCCGCGGCAGAUCAAGAUCAAGAAGUCAUGAGAGGGUGGGAGAGACUCAAAAUCCAGGGAAUACACUUUAUGUGACAGGUCUAUCGUCAAGGGUGACUGAGAGAGACUUAGAGGAGCACUUCUCUAAAGAAGGAAAAGUUGCAUCAUGUUUUCUUGUGGUGGAGCCUCGAACACGGAUUUCUCGUGGUUUUGCUUUUAUCACAAUGGAUACUGUUGAGGAUGCUAACCGCUGUAUCAAAUACCUAAAUCAAUCAGUUUUAGAGGGUCGCUAUAUCACAGUUGAGAGGUCGCGAAGAAAGCGGCCAAGAACUCCCACACCUGGACACUAUCUUGGGUUGAAAAGUACAAGAGACUAUGGUCACCGUGGUGACCGUGGUGGUGAUCGUGGAAGGUAUCGAGGUGGACCUGGACGUGAUGAUUAUCAAUAUCGACGGUCCCCUAGGCGAUCACCAUAUCGAGGUGGCAGGGACUAUUCUCCAAGGCGCUCUCCCUAUGGUGGGGGUGGAAGAUCUAGGAGGGAAAGGUCUAGGUCACCCCCUUACUCUCCAUACGGCAGCCCAGAUAGGAGAUAUGCUCGGGGAUCUAGGUGAUGUUUUUGUUAUUUAAGUUUUUAGAGGGAAAGCAAGAAUGUGUAGCUAUUAUGGUACCUUGACCAUCUAUUUUUGCGUAUGUGAUGUACUUGUGUUCCCGAGGAUGUCUGCAGUUGUGUGCCUUGUUGUUAAAAUGUUAAAAACCUAGUGUUGGAAUCUGAAUCACAAGUCAGCAUGUGUCACUAGUGCAUAUCUUUUUAUGAUAUUUACUAUAUACUGUUCGAACUAUUUA